AUGGAAAUCUUUGCCGCGAUGGUUGAACUUGUCGAUGUCACUGUAGGUCGUACCCGGGACUACCUCGCGUCCACUGGUGAAUGGAACGAUACGUUUGUCCUGUUCAUGUCGGAUAAUGGCGCAGAGGGCCAGUUGCUAGAAGCGAUACCUAUACUUGCCGGUGCCACGCUAGAGGAUGUCAUCAAGAAGUACUGUGAUAACUCCCUCGAGGACUUGGGCAAUCAUAAUUCGGUCGUUUGGUAUGGACCUCAGUGGGCCUCUGCAGCGACGGCGCCGAACCGAGGAGCAAAGUCGUGUACGACCGAAGAUGGAUCUAUCACCAAUACCCUCACCACGGUUAUGGAUAUCCUACCAAAAGCACUUGACUUGCCGGGAUUGAACACCCUGGGAACCAAUUUCGAGGCCGAGACGUUACACCGGUCAAAGGCAAAUCAGACCGAUAUCAUUGGCUGGGAGCAAUUCGGUAUUGCUGCAGUUCGUGUUGGUCACUGGAAGGCAUUGUAUCUUGCUCCCCUCCCCGCGGAGCCGGAAAAUGAGAACUCAACAGUUUUCAGGUUCCUUUUCUCCCUGAUAUCCUUUUAG